AUAAUAACAUUCCAACAUGGAUCAGACACCCUUUGGGAGGUAGUGAAUUGAUUUGAGUUGGUGGAAAAGUGCACACGAAAAUGUACCCCAGGAAUUUUGCCUGUUCACGCGAAAAGGUGGUUCAGUGGAAAAGCAAUGGAGGCAAUUGUGGAGGAGAAAUGUCAAGUUGACCCGUUGGCCACCUCUCCCGAUCCCCAGACGGUACGCGUCACUAACUCGCAGCCCCACCUGGUGACGGCCGCUAACAUUGUACAUUUCACUCUACCUUCUCAUACGCAUGCACAGGUGCAAAGUGUUAUUCAACCAAAUCAACAGUCAGUUAUCCAGACAGCUGCCAAUCUACAGCCGAUGCUGGGAAAGAAUGUCAUACUGGUCAGUAGCAAACCAAAUUCUGUUAUACAGACGACGCAGGGCAGUUUGCAAACUUUACGAGUUGUUGAGAAUGGCAGUGAUGACAGUUUCUCGGAAGAAGAAUCUCCAAAAAAACGACGGGACCUGUUGACGAGAAGGCCGUCCUACAGGAAGAUUCUCAACGAUCUUGGAGGGGGUGAGAUAACUGAAGGGAAAGUCGAGCAUACUUCUUCAGAGGCAGAUAGUGAGUUGUCUUCUCACUCUAUCCCAUACCACACAGUGUUGCCGGCUGGGGCGUUACAGAUAACCAGCGGCGACGGCACUCAGACGGGUAUACAAACGCUUACGAUGACGAACGCGACGGCAGGAGGUGCCAUAGUGCAGUAUGCGCAGGGUCAAGAGUUUUUCGUACCCGGUAAGGAAUUUGCAUCGAUUUUGGCUUGUCCUCAGCUCAAAGUCGAGGAGAGUAACCAAACUAUGGAAUUGUCUGUCUCUUCGAUGAGCCCUAGAUGUCCCAGUCCUGAGACCCCCGAAAAUCCUACCAAAUGUUCUCCCGAAAGUAGCGAGUAUUUUACCAAUUCUCCAGUCGAAUUCUAUCAAGUUGUGACUCAAAGCAACAGCACGGGCGAGGACCAAGCAAGGAAGCGGGAAAUGCGGCUGAUGAAAAACCGCGAGGCAGCACGCGAAUGUCGUAGGAAGAAAAAGGAGUACAUAAAGUGUCUGGAGAACCGCGUGGCGGUAUUGGAAAACCAGAACAAGGCGCUCAUCGACGAGCUGAAGUCGCUCAAGGAACUUUAUUGCCAGCAAAAGGCGGAAUGAGUGGACUCUGCAGGUUGUUGUUGUCGUCGUGGUGAGGUGGAGUGUGUGGGUUUAGAGGCAAAGUGGAGUAUACCAAAAAUGUUGUGGGGUAAAGUUUGGAGGGCCCGGAUGUUUUGGUUGAAGGAGUGGUAUGGGGACCUAGGAAUCAUCGAAAUGAAUUUAAUUCACAAUAUUUAGCCAUCAAAACAAGAAACUGGAACAAAAAUAUUCAGAAUCAGUUCUUUCAUUUUUGAAUGAACCAUCUGUUUUGUUUGGUUUCAACAAUGUUCAGUAAUUAUUGAUUAGAUUCUCCAGUAUUUAACAGCUUAACCAAUUUUCUAAUAUGUUAUGUGUUCUCUAUAGACAGACGCUUAUAAAAGUUGGUACUAGGGAGAAAAUGGGAAGGUUGCUCAUUUUUUGUUAGGGUGUUGUUUGGGAAAUUUCUAGUUGAUUUAUUUUCAAUUUGAUAAUAUAGUAUGUUUCUCUCAACAAAAUAAUCGUUUGUUCACCAAAUUUAAAAUGUAUGCUGAUGUAAGGUUAAUUUAUAACAUAACUAUUGAUAUGAACCAUACCACAUUCACUGAAUUCAAAUUAGUUGAAAACUACAUACAGAGUUUUCCUGAAAUCAAGUGACAAAAGUCUACCAUAGAUUUCUUUCAUGGUUUGUAUGUUUAUCAGGUAUAUCUUUUGAACCUGUCAUAAUUUACUAAAUAAUUCCAGUUGCCUGCAAUUUGUGUUUCAAAAAGUAACACCCAUAAAAGUUGAGAGAAAACUAAAAAAAAACAUGUAUCCUCAAAAAAACAAACCAGGAGGGAAACAGUCUAGAGAUCAUAAAGUAAUGCUUUUAUUGGUUUAUCUAAAUAAAACAAUGGAGUUUGAAAAAGUCUACUGGGUGUUGUUUUUCGGGCACAAAACUGCAAUACUCUUUAUCUUAAACUGUUUUCGGUUAAAGGAAACUUUUUACUCUAUUCUAUUGAAGCAAACUCCACUUGAAUUCAGGAGCACCCUGUAUAAACAGUUGGUUACAAACUAGCAAAAUGUAAUUUGAAAUAUUAUGCUGAUGUCUUGGAGAUAUUUUUACAAAACUUGACAUCAUUGAGAUAUUUAAAUAUUGUAUUUCAGUCAAUGAGUAUUUUGUUUAUACAAAACUCAUGAAGGAGAUCUGAGAGAACAACAUUUUUUCCUAUGACUUAUUCAUUUAUUGUUUAGUCAAUUCUCAUGUUGAUUGUAUUUUAACAUUUAUAUUAAAUUAUGGAGGAAAGAAGGCUUGUGAAAAGUGAUGUUAAUUUUAAAGUUGCCCAAUGUAUAUAUUGUACCAGAUUACAGAGAUGUUGAUAAAAAUUUUUGAAUGGAAUACCUUGGAGAACAAUUAGAUUUAUUUAGCGAUCUAGAAUUGUCCAGGGUAUUUCAUGUCCAAAACAUAAGGAGUGCCUUUUAAGCUUAGAAAACCGUUUGAUUCCUAACACUGCAAAAGUUAUGCUAUACCAUGUCAUUUCAAGAUUAAUUCUUGGAAAUGGUCAUCAUACAAGUGUUACGUUUCUACCCAAGUGAUUGCAGAACAGAAUGGUCUAACUAUUGCAACAAAAAGUGUACAUAUGUGUAAGUAAUGUAUAUGUAUUUUUACAUAUCAGAGUAUCUAACUACUUUUGCACAGCCAAAGGUAUCUCAAAAUUGGGAAAAUGUUUAUUUUGAUAAAUAUAGAGAUUGUUAUUGUUGCCUUAUCAUUUUCUAACAGAAAAACUGAAUUUCCUUGAUGAAAUUGAAUGUGUUCCAGUCAUUUGGUGCCACUGCUUAGAAGGAUUUACAAGAAACUCAAAUUGAGCAAGAUUUCAUCUUUGCUUUUCAGUUUUUUCUGUUACAAGGUGCCCAAAAAAUGUCAUGGACAUGGUCUCACCACAGUAAGAGUGUAUACUGUGGUCUCAACCAAUGUAUUGCUAUUAUUUUGGUAGUCACUAGAGUUAGGAAAAUUUGUAAAUAAUAUUAGAUGUUAUGAAAAUAUCAGUUAAAACAUGAUUUAUUACCAAAUAAAAUGGAUAUUUUAU